GACCCACAGGCAUCUUUUUGAAAUGCCUGAUACCAGUCAGCCUGCUGCCAAUUUUGGGACACAUCAUUUUUCACAUCACCCUGGUAGCCAUAGCAAAUGACAAGGAGCCUUAUGGCAGCAUGUUCACUAAUUGCUCAAGUACAGAGAAACUGGUGCGCCAGAUUGGUUAUCAAAGACUGGACAGCGCUGAUGUUUUGCACAUCAUUCGACUAGUAGUGCCAGAUGCCAUCGUAUUCAUCAUUUCUGUCGUCACUCUGGUGCUGGCAGUGAAACUGUCCAAUCGCCAGGCAGAGAUUGGCACCAGUUUAUCAGAGACGCCACUACUGGGAGGAGUCAAAAAGAAACCUGGCCAUCAGUUUCUGAAAUUGCUGUCAGAAUGUCUACAGAAUGUCAUUCUUUUGGCAGCUGGAGUCAUUGUUCCAUCAGUUCUGGGAGGGGUCUAUUUCAUUGUCUUCUUGAUUGUGCUGACCAUGUGGGGAUGCUACAAAUCCACCGGACAUCAGUUUGGAUAUGUCCGGAUACUGCUGCUCAUCUACACAGGUUCCCACAUUCUGCUGCUCCAUCUAUACCAGUUCCAGUUCUUCCAGGAUGUGCUGAAACCAUCUGAUCUCAUUGCUAGGAUUGUUGGUCUCACUGGCAUAGUCAAGACAGAUUGUGGAGCUGUGGACAGGAUUAUUUUCUACCCGGGAGUCAGGUGGUCAGUGUUUGUGAACCCAGGUAUUCUGCUCAUUCUCUACUGGUUUUUUGCACUGAACACACUGUUAUGGAGACGUAAGAUGGAGAGUCUCCAAGAGCCUGCCAAGAAGCCAUUGAAGAGGCGUUCAGAAUCAGGAGAACGGCAGGUAUUUCGUCAAACCAGUCAAAAUGAGUUGCACUGGAAAAAUGACAAACAUCACUUUGAUGAUGAGACGGGGAGUAUGGUAUUUUCGGGAUCCUUUAUGGGAGAUGAUGAACCUGGCGAAGAUGAGAGGCUUGUGGAGAAUGAGGAGCCACCUGGUGGACACUAUGGGGGUGUUAAUGAAUCUGCUGUGUCUGUUGGAUCUGAAGUUGAAGUAACUGGAGAGCCGAGUCAACAGGAACCUGUGACUGGGGAUAGCUUUGCAUCUUUAAAGAGAAGGCCAUGGAUGUCCGUACUGUUCCUGAUAAUGAGGCAGAGCUAUGUGCUGUCAUUGAUAGCCAUGAUGGCUUGGAGCAUUACUUACCACUCGUGGCUGACUUUCACAUUCCUCCUGGCUGCCUGUAUUUUAUGGAUGCUGCCUAAUUCACGACAAUGGUGCCUGCGAACAUCCCCAGUUAUUCUCAUUUAUGCAGAACUUCUUUUGCUGGGCCAGUACAUUUUUGGCAUGAAUCUGGACAGCGAGCUUCCAAAGAUGGCGGGCAACUAUAAACUGGAUGAGAUAGGUCUGAAAAGGUUUACGGAUCCGUGCCUGAACUUGGCCCUACAGGCAUUCUUCACCCUGUUCAUUGUUCUGACGAUGCGUCAGUAUCUUGGAGAACGCAGUAUUUCUGCUUCCGGUACAACAGACAUUAAGAUGCAAACUCGGGCAAGAAAGAUAUCAUUCCUGGACAGACUGCUUCCAAUGGAUAUGCAGCACCAAAGCUAUGACAGCAAGACCAUGCUCUUCCUAGGUAUGAAGUAG